GUCACGGCGUGCCCCGGAAGCCUCCCGAGAGCACGGGGCUUCCCCACGCCUCGCGCUCGCCGCUUCCUUUCUCGGCCGACAUCUUGGGGGAGCAGCCGCCGCCGCAGCAUGCCGCCCAAAGACGACAAGAAGAAGAAGGACGCGGGCAAGUCCGCCAAAAAGGACAAGGACCCGGUCAACAAGUCCGGUGGCAAAGCCAAGAAGAAGAAGUGGUCCAAAGGGAAAGUGAGGGACAAGUUGAACAACCUUGUCCUGUUUGACAAGGCUACCUACGACAAACUCUGCAAAGAAGUGCCCAACUACAAGCUCAUCACACCUGCAGUUGUCUCAGAGAGACUGAAGAUUCGAGGUUCUCUGGCUAGGGCUGCCCUCCAGGAGCUGCUCAGCAAAGGUUUGAUCAAGCUGGUGUCCAAGCACCGAGCCCAAGUGAUCUACACUAGAAACACAAAAGGUGGAGAUGCACCUGCCGCAGGGGAGGAUGCAUAGGGAGGUUCGCCAAUGACCUUGUCAACAAUGCGUCUUGUGUAGAUGCACACAAUAAAAUUAUUGAAAUAA